GGCUAUUCAAAUGCGAGAAAAUAACAAAAAUGGCUGAAGAACAGGAGGUGAUUCAAAUAGAAAUACUGUGCAAGCAGCUGUAUGAGUCCCAGGACCCGAUCCUCCGGGACCAGGCGGAGAAGGCUGUUGUUUCCUUCCAGGAGUCCCCAGACACCCUGAGCAAAUGCCAGGCGCUGCUGGAGCGAGCCGACUCCUGCUACUCCCAGCUGCUGGCCGCCACCACGCUCACCAAGCUCAUCAACAGGGAGAAGAACUACCAGUCUUCGACCAGUUUGUCGGUGCAGCAGCUGUUGGACAUACGGAACUAUGUUCUCAACUACCUGGCCACACGGCCCAAACUCGCAAACUUCGUUGUACAGUCGCUGGUAUCCCUGUUCGCGCGAAUCACGAAGCUGAGCUGGUUCGACACCGUUAAGGAGCAACUGGUGUUCCAAAAUGUUAUGGGAGACAUCACCAGCUUCUUGCAGGGCCCAGCUGAGAUGUGCACAAUCGGCGUACAGUUGCUGUCACAAUUAGUGGUGGAAAUGAACCAGAUGACUGAGCGGGAGGACGCCAAUCGCGGUCUUUGCAAGCACAGGAAGAUAUCCUCAUCGUUCAGAGACACACAGCUCUUCGAGAUGUUCCGUCUCGCUUGCUCGCUCCUCUCCGCCGCUCGAGCGAAGGCAUUGGACCUCAACGACGAGCGACAAAUCACGCUCAUAGCGGCGCUACUACGGCUCGCUCACAACUGUCUCACGUUCGACUUCAUAGGAACUAACAGCGAUGAAGCUUCGGAUGACCUCUGCACUGUUCAGAUACCCACAUCCUGGCGACCCACAUUCCUGGAAUCGGGCACUUUGGACCUGUUCUUCGAGUUAUACCACGCGCUGGGCGGCGGGCCGGCGUCGCUGGCGCUCGCGCUGCUAGUGCAGCUGGCUUCGGUCCGGCGGUCGCUGUUCAGCAACAACGAGCGGGCCAAGUUCCUCAACCGGCUGGCGGCCGGCGUGCUGCGGAUACUGGAGAACACGCAGGGCCUAUCAGACCCCACGAACUACCACGAGUUCUGCCGGCUGCUAGCGCGAUUGAAGACCAACUACCAACUUGGUGAGCUCGUCAUGGUGGACAACUACCCGCGGCUUAUCGAGCUGAUCGCCAAGUUCACUGUGCAGAGUUUACAGAUGUGGCAAUUCGCACCAAAUUCAGUACACUACUUGCUAUCCCUAUGGCAACGGAUGGUGGCUUCAGUACCGUAUGUGAAAGCUACAGAGCCACAUCUACUUGAAACUUACGCGCCGGGCGUCACGGCUGCAUACAUCGAGUCGCGGCUCAACUCCGUGCCUUGUGUUGUGAGGGACGGCCUGGAAGACCCGCUAGACGAGGCGGGCACAGUGCAGCAACAAUUGGAGCAGCUGUCGGUGGUGGCUCGCUGCGAGUACGCCAAGAGCUGCCGUCUGCUCGUCGCGCACUUCGACCGCGCGGCCGCCGCCUACAGCGUGCAGCAGAACCCGCAGGAGAUACUCGUCUUGCAGGGUCAAUUAACGUGGCUAGUCUACAUCAUCGGCGCGGCUAUAGGCGGGCGGGCGUCGGUCAACACGUGCGACGAGAACGACGCGAUGGACGGAGAGUUGGUCUGCCGCGUGCUGCAGCUCAUGGACCUGACGGACUCGCGGCUGGCGUCCGGCGGCUGCGAGAAACUAGAACUGGCCAUGAUGUCUUUCUUCGAGCACUUUCGAAAGAUCUACGUGGGGGAACAAGUACAGAAGAACAGUAAAGUGUACCGCUGCCUCAGCGAGGUGUUAGGACUUAACGACGAGAGCCAGCUGCUCAGCGUUAUUAUGAGGAAGAUUAUAACAAACCUAAAGUACUGGGGCGGCAGCGAGCAGAUCAUAGCGAAGACCCUGGGCCUGCUGAGCGACCUGAGCGGCGGCUACUCCUGCGUCAGGAAGCUGGUGAAGCUGGACGAGACGCAGCUCAUGCUGACUCAUCACACGGCGGAGCACUUCCCAUUCCUCGGCAUCGCGGGCGUGGGCACCGCCGAGAUGCGAUGCCGGACCAUGCUGUACACAGCGCUCGGCCGCCUGCUCAUGGUGGAGCUGGGAGAAGACGAGGACACCUUCCACACCUUCAUGAUGCCCAUCACCGCGGCGAUGGAGAGUAUAAUAGGCUUGCUCGGUCCUCCAGAGAGUCCGUUAUUCGCGUCUGAGGACGCCAAGAAGACCCUCAUAGGACUAGCAAGAGACUUGCGCGGACUGGCGUUCGCGUUUAACACAAAGACCACUUACAUGAUGUUGUUUGAUUGGAUAUACCCAUUGUACAUAAAAGUGCUCAUCCGGGGAAUCGAAGUGUGGUUCGCUGAGCCGGCGCUCACCACGCCUGUACUCAAGCUAACCGCCGAGCUCGCUCAGAACAGAAAUCAGCGCUUACAACUGGACGUUAGCUCGCCGAACGGAAUAUUGCUAUUCCGAGAGCUAUCCAACAUUAUUUGUGCAUACGGCAGCAGAAUACUGACGGUGGACGUGAGCAAAAAGCAAAUGUACGCGAUGAAGCUGAAGGGCAUAUCGUUGUGCUUCUCGAUACUGAAGGCAGCGCUCUGUGGGAACUACGCUAAUUUUGGGGUGUUCAGGUUAUAUGGUGACGAGGCCUUAGACAACGCACUAAAUAUGUUUGUGAAGUUAUUACUUAGUAUACCACAAAGUGAUUUACAUGACUAUCCAAAACUAUCCCAAACAUACUACGUGCUACUAGAGCGGCUAGCGCAGGACCUUAUGCCGUUCCUCGCCUCGCUGCAACCGGAGGCGACGCUAUACAUACUGGCCUCCAUCUCCGAGGGACUCACGGCUCUAGAUACGAGUGUAUGCACAGGCUGCUGCGCGACCCUCGACCAUAUAGUCACAUAUCUAUUUAAGCAAUUAGUACAGAAAUCUAGCAACAAACCGCCGAAUCCGCGCCAGCCGCCGCCCGAAGCGAGCAACAUGCUGCAAGUGCUACAGCGGCGGCCCGAGAUCAUGCAGCAGCUACUAGCCACGGUGCUAAACGUGAUAAUGUUCGAAGACUGCUGCAACCAGUGGUCGAUGUCUCGUCCGCUGCUCGGGCUCAUACUCCUCAACGAGGAGCACUUCGCGCGCCUCCGCGGGGACAUGCUCGCGCAGCAGCCGCGCGACAAGCAGCCGCAGCUGGCGCACUGCUUCAGCGCGCUCAUGGCCGGCGUUGAACCUAACCUGCUUACUAAGAACAGAGACAGAUUCACACAGAACCUGUCUAUCUUCAGACGGGACAUCAACGACCUGCUCAAAGGCACCUUAGUCAACACAUCCAACGUCAACGACAUGAUGACGUCCUAAUGUGAGCUUCGUCGCAAAUUGAGGUGGACACACACUUGUGUACGUACGCGAACGUUGCACGCGUCUUACGAACACAUUCCCGCUUAUUACAAAAAGUUACAUUUAGUAUGGAAAUGUCAUUUUAAACCAGUGUUCAUCCCGGGUUUAACUUUUUAUAAUAAGGCCCAGUAUGAUUAUCUUUGGAUACGUUCGCGAGCGAUUCACGCGCGGGUUAUAACAUUCAAAUGAAUGUUUCGCGUGCCAUCUUAACAUUUUCGCAGAUAGUGAACA